AUGUGGCUCGACCGCAUCUCCGGCCACUCCACCCCCUCUGGCCCCCAACCCGACAGUCGCAGUAACUCCCCGCUGCCUCGACGCUCCUCCUCCCGCCUCUCUCCUUAUGCGCAAUCCGCCCGCCCGACUUCCUCCACCCGACAAGGCUCCUCCCUCUCGGUCCUCGUGACGCCCAGUGACUCCAAUGUCUCUCUCCCGGCGACGGUGCGCGGCGACGGGUCGGUGUUGACCCAAUCCGCUGCCAGGUCCCGCCCCUCCGACGUGGCCGACCCCCUGCAGGUGCUGAACGGCAUUAUUGGAAAACAAAAAGACAAUGCAUUGCAGACGGACAAACUCACGCCAAACUCCGUGGGGGUAACAGAGAAGCCUUCGACGCUGGUGGAGGACAUUGUCUUCAACGGAUUGAGCCUCGAGGACUUCGCCGCCGCGGAAUCGGAGCCGCGCCGGACCGCCAGCGACGUCGGGGCGCAGACCAUCCGGCAGUUCGAGCAGGAACGAGACAAAUUCCAGGACCUUCAUUCGGCCAUCACGGGCUGUGACGACGUGUCCAAAUCGGUGGAGAUGUAUAUGGGUGACUUCCAGACCGAACUCGGUGCGGUCUCGGCGGAGAUCGAAACCCUGCAGACCCGCUCCGUGCAGCUGAACGCCAUGCUAGAGAAUCGACGCAACGUGGAGCAGCUUCUAGGACCCGCGGUGGAGGAAAUCAGCAUCUCUCCACGAACGGUGCGAGUGAUCGCGGAGGGCCCCAUCGACGACAACUGGGUCAAGGCCUUGAACGAGAUUGAGACGCGGACCGCUAGCAUUGAGGCUCGAGUUUCCAGCUCGACUACGACGGCAUCGAUUGAAGAUGUCCGGCCGCUUCUCGGCGAUAUUAAAAAGAAGGCUGUGGAACGGAUCCGCGACUACUUGGUCUCGCAAAUUCGAGCGCUGCGGUCGCCGAACAUUAACGCACAAAUCAUCCAGCAGCAGCGACUGGUCAAAUUCAAGGACUUGUAUAGCUACAUGUCGCGAGCGCAUCCGGCUCUGACGGGGGAAAUCACCCAGGCCUACAUCAAUACCAUGCGCUGGUACUACCUGUCACAUUUCACGCGCUACCUGCAGGCACUGGAGAAGAUUAAAGUGUAUCCCAGCGAUCGGAACGAGGUACUGGGAGGAGAUGCGACGCAAAAAUCCGGCAACAUUGUCACCGGCAGUCGAGCUGGCGCUGCGGCCCACGACCCCUUCUCACUAGGACGGAGAAUCGACAUCCUUCGCACCGGCAACCAAAUGGCCAUGUCGUCGUACCUUGCGGAAGAGGACAAUUCCUUCCACGGCAUCGAAGUGCCUUUCCGAAAUUUCAACCUGGCGCUGGUCGACAAUGUCUCCGCCGAAUACUCGUUCAUGACGGAGAUGUUCUCGUCCUUGUCCUUCCACCAGAUCUCGCGCAAGGCCGUGGAGAUCUUUGAGCCCGUCUUUUCUCUAGGCCAAACGCUGACGAAGCAGCUGAUCGACAACGCGACCGACGCGCUCGGCGUUCUGAUCUGCGUGCGGUUGAAUCAGCAUGCGGCGUUUGAGCUACAGCGUCGCAAGGUGCCCGUGGCCGAUGCGUACGUCAACGGCACCAACAUGCGCCUGUGGCCGCGGUUUCAGGUGAUCAUGGACAUCCAAUGUGAGUCGCUGCGACGGGUCGGGUCGAACACGGGACGCAGCGCAGUGUCGGCGCUGUCCCUGGCGGGCGGCGACGAUCUGAACCAGUCGACGGCGCCGCAUUUCCUGACACAGCGGUUCGGGCAACUCCUGCACGGGAUCCUUGUUCUCAGCGGUGAGGCCGGGGACGACGAGCCGGUGUCCAACAGUCUGGCGCGACUACGCGGCGAGUUUGACGCGCUGCUGGCCAAGCUGAGUCGUAUCGGCGGCGACGCCAAACGACGCGAAAGGUUCCUCUUCAACAACUACUCCUUGAUUUUGACCAUUAUCAGUGAUACCCAAGGCAAAUUAGCGAUUGAACAACGACAGCAUCUGGAGGAGAUGCUGAAGAGCGUAGGCAAGCGAGGAUGA